AUGGGGAACCACGGCUCUAACCUGGAUGAUAUCCUGGCAGAGGAUAUGCACCACUGGUACAACAAGUUUAUGAAGGAGUCUCCGUCAGGACUCAUCACGCUGUUCGAACUCAAGGGCAUGCUGGGUCUGCGGGGGAUGAACGAGAACGCUACCAGCUACGUGGACCAAGUCUUCUUCACCUUCGACAUGGACGGGGACGGGUACAUAGAUUUUGUAGAGUACAUCGCAGCCAUCAGCCUGAUGCUGAAGGGAGAAAUCAACCAGAAACUCAAGUGGUACUUCAAAUUGUUUGACCAGGACGGCAACGGGAAAAUCGACAAGGAUGAGUUGGAGACAAUAUUCACGGCAAUCCAGGACAUCACGCGGAACCAGGAUGUCACCCCAGAGGAGAUUGUGUCGCUCAUAUUCGAGAAGAUCGACAUCAACGGAGAGGGUGAGCUGACCCUAGAGGAGUUCAUUGAGGGGGCGAAGGGUCACGACGACAUCAUGGAGAUGCUGAAGAAGAUGAUGGACCUCACGCCCGUACUCAUCAUCAUCGUCCAAGGAAUAGUAGUCUGAGAGAGGCCUGGCCAACCACUGCCGUAGCCACUAUGUACACCUGCGCCCGGGGAGAGAGAUGACAGAAAGACUUAAGUCCAUUACAAACAUUUACCCCACAAACUAAUAAUUGUGACAUUUUCCCGCACAAUGAACCUGAGGGAAUGCGUUACCUUAUGAAACAAGACUGUUGUUCCCAAUGAGGCUUCUAUGUCACACUGCCAGGUCUGGGGGUGGAGACAAUAUAGUCCGUACAUAGUGGAUCCUAGGAAGAGAAGCAGCUAACAGGGUUCCGAAUAACUAAUUAAUAAAUAGUCCCAGACUGCUGAAGACUGAGGCAUCCAGUCCUAUACUGCAGCCCACUAACCACCCACAGAUGACGGGAUGGAUGAAGGGAGGAAGACAUUGAGAGACCCUUUUUCAACACCAUCACAACAAACAAACUGAAUGAAAGAGAACAUUUAAAGGGACAGCUAUGGAGAGCGGUACAGAUACCAUCUUCACAUUCUACCUGUUUGUGUUUGCUCUCUGACCACUCAGCAAGAUGAAGACUUGGAUUCUGAGAGAGAGAGAGAAUUCUCUAUCAUAAAUCAUCACUAUAGGGCCAGGAGUUUUCCUGACCAUUUGACCGCGACAAGGAGAUGCUUUGGGCUUUAAUUAUAGGCUAUGUUCAGGAGUCAGGUCACAUGGUCAGGUAAAGGUCUUGUGUCGAAUCAUCUCCUCUGUAGGUAUGACCGUAAAUAGGCACAGAUAGAGACCCUAGGGGUUCUGAAGUGCCUGCCCUUUUCCCCUCCUUUCGAUUGGUGGAAUUACUUUGUUCUUUUUUCCCCAGCCCUAUCCCCCUCUUGAGACACCAGGAGAGCGGAGAGCGUCAUGUUGCCAUUUUUAAAGUCACGCACCCUCCCCCCGUCCUUGACCUUUCCUUAAUAAGUCUAUAUAACACAGAAUCGUAUGAAUUCUUCGGGGAAUGAAUACUACAGGUCAGAAACUUUCCACAGGGAUGUUGUUCAUGCUGACGCGAUGGCAUCAUGCAGUUGCUGUAGCUUGGACAGUGGUACACCACCACCUGCCUGUACCGUUGACAUCAGGCAGGAUGGGUCCAUGGACUCAUGCUGCUUACGCCAAGUCUUGGACUCCGGAUUGGUCGGACCAGGCAGUGUUUUUCAACUCCUCGAUUGUCCGGUGUUGGUGAUUGCGUGCCCACUGGAGCCACUUCUUCUUGCUGGUAGGAAUGGAACCCGGUGUGGUCGUCUGCUGCAAUAGCCCAUUUGUGAGGACCGACGAGUUGUGCAUUAGCCUACAAUGUGUGAUGUGUUUUUGCUGAAAAUGAAGGCCUAUGCAAAACAAUUAAUAAUGGUGAAUUUGGCAAAAGGAGAAGUAGAACACUUUGAAUUUAAAACCUGCUCCAUCAAAGGUCUGUGCACGACCCUGAUCACAAAUCAUGAAUCUCUAUUAUCAAUCUAGUCCCGUCUUUCAGGUCUUCGGUCUGUUAUGUUUGCUCGGUGCACACAAGUCUCUAUCAUAUCUAUCUCUAUCACUAUCUACUAAUCAUAGUAGUCAUCAUUGGGAUAGCUAGCAACAUGACGGAAGUAAAAAAUCAGAAGUAGGCUUUCAAGAUCAUAUCAUGAUUUUCCAAACAUUUUGGAGGCAAAGUAGACUACUACAGUGUAUGAUUUACAUAUGAUGUGAAAGGUGUGACUACAGUGUGACUCUGUAGUUCAUUACUUCCUGUAUGUUUCUCAGUUAUCUGUAAUACCGUUUCCAGAGCCACUGUGGAAGGAACCAAUAAUUCCUUUCACAACAAUUUCACAACAAUUUCAUUAUGGGAAUUCUAAUGAAUGCUGUAAGUAUUGUUUAAUUUGUCUUACAUAUAUUUUUAUAUUCUGAGAAUGAGUGGGUAUGUGCUGUAUACUGACAAGAAGGCUAGAAUGAAAGGCUUAUGUUUUUAUAUAUUAUUAUAUGAAAUCAUAUAUUCAUAUAUUAUUAUAUGAAAUCAGAUUUUGAUUUGUCAACUGACAUCUGCAAAAGUACAACGGGUGAACAAAAUGAAUAUUCCUUUGAGCAUGGUGAUGUUAUUAAUUACACUUUGGAUGGCGUAUCAAUACACCCAGUCACUACAGAGAUACAGGCGUCCUUUCUAACUCAGUUGACGGAGAGGAAGGAAACCACUCAGGGAUUUCACCAUGCCAAUGGUGACUUUAAAACAGCUUGAGUUGAAUGGCUUUGACAGGAGAAAAUGGAGGAUGGAUCAACAACAUUGUAAUUACUCAACAACACUGACCUAAAUGACAGAGUGAAAAGAAGGAAGCUUGUACAGAAUACAAAUAUUGUUUGCA